GAAACUGGUCAACAUGGAACUGAGUACCCUCCCUCGUAAUGCAUUCAAUGGAAUCAUGAAUCUUCAAAUACUACGCCUUGAUGGCAAUCAUUUCAAAUAUAUCCCAGCGGAAGCAUUUAAUGGUCUCGACUCGCUGAGGACACUACGUCUAGAUGGCAACAAGUUCACAGAAGUGCCCUCUGGUGCCCUAAAUAAACUACAUAACUUGGAGGGUCUGAAAUUAGGAUCCAACUUUAUUAGCAGUAUACCAGAGGGCACUUUCAAGAAUCUAAAGAGGCUGGAAAUCUUGUUACUUGAAGAGAAUGAUAUUUCAUCCAUAGAUGACGACGCUUUUCAAGGUCUUUAUGCUGUAGAAAUCUUGGAGAUCAAUGCAAACAAGUUGAAGCAUCUUCCUGUUGCUCUGAGGGAUCUGCCUGCACUGGUUGAUUUGAGUCUGGCUGACAACAGGAUUCACAGCCUCCCUCAAUAUGGUUUCCUUGGCAACCAGAACUUGGAGAAACUCCUUCUCAAGGGGAAUCCAAUUGACUCUGUAGAUUCAAAGGCCUUCACACGACUUCCUCACUUAGAUACACUCGUCCUAUCUGAUGUAAAAGAUCAAACACAAUUUCCAGAUUUCAAUGGUACAACGUCACUUACAACUCUUAAAAUGGACAGGGGGAAUAUUGAGCGGAUACCUGAGGACCUAUGCACCAAGAUACCGGCAAUCAAAUCACUAGAUUUACACAGCAAUAGAAUCCGUAUCAUUCCAGAGCUGAGCAAGUGUAAGCAGCUCUACAUUCUUAACUUGGGCAACAACCUCAUUGAAUCUCUGGAAGGUAGCCUGUUCAAAGGGCUCCACAAGUUACAAGAUCUAACCAUUAGUAAAAAUCACAUCCAGAUGCUUCCUAAUGAUGCUUUCCUUGGGGACCUCACCAGCUUGGAGUACAUAGACCUGGAGGAUAAUGAGAUCUCCCACAUAGAACAAGAGGCCUUUGCACCACUUGGCAAACUUGAGACCCUGAACUUGGCUGACAAUAAAUUUGAUAUACUCCCCACAAAAGGGCUUGAAGGAAUCAAAAUUCUGAAAACAUUUGGCACAAACACUUUACUGGAUUUUCCCAGUUCUGAUCAUUUCCCUGUAGCUGAAAAUCUAUGGCUGUCGUAUGUCUACCACUGUUGCGACUACAUAAACCAAAAUGAGGAGGACAAGGCAUCCCCACAGCUAUCUGAGAUUACAACGUGGUUACCUGCCUCAAACUGGAGCCAUUUUCCCAUCAUUCAUGAUAAUACAUCCGUAUAUAACAGCUCCCUAUAUGAUUAUGAUAAAUUCUUGGACGAAGUCAUGGAAACAUUUGGGACACAAGAGGAUUACCCAGCAUACCCUGAUGAUAUGCCAGAGGAUGCAAGACUCUUCUUUGAUAAUUUGAAACCCCAAAAUAACACUCAUGAUAUUGGCAAUCAUAAACCUCAGAUCAAAUGUUUUCCACAUCCAACUCCAUUCGAACCAUGUAAUGAUCUGAUGGGAUCAUGGGCUCUGCGAUGUGGUGUCUGGAUAGUUUUUUUCCUCGCACUCAUUGGCAAUGCCACAGUUCUUUUUGUCCUUACAACAGCCAGAACAAAGCUUGAUGUUCCACGAUUCCUCAUCUGCAAUCUGGCCUGUGCUGAUUUCUUCAUGGGGAUCUACCUUGGAUUUCUGGCAAUCGUCGAUGCCUCAACAUUAGGGGAGUUCAAGAAGCAUGGCACUCGCUGGCAGAACAGUCCUGGUUGUAUCGUCGCUGGAUUUCUAGGAGUCUUAUCCAGCGAACUCUCUGUCUUCACUCUGGCCGUUAUCACAUUGGAGCGAUUCUAUGCCAUCACACACGCCAUGCAUCUUAACAAACGUCUCUCGUUGAGACAUGCUGCAUAUGUUAUGACUUGUGGGUGGGGCUUUGCACUUCUCCUGGCCAGCAUGCCCAUAUUUGGAGUGAGUGACUACAAGAGGUUUGCAGUCUGUCUGCCCUUUGAUGUUGACGAUCCUAUUAGUAAAGGUUAUGUGGGCUUCAUCCUGGUAUUUAACAGUCUUGCAUUCUUUACAAUUGUCAUGUGCUAUGCCAAGAUGUACUACGCCAUCAGAGGAAGCCAGGCUUGGAACAGCAACGACUCUCGCAUUGCUAAACGAAUGGCACUGCUGGUCUUCACAGACUUUGGUUGCUGGGCUCCAAUUGCCUUGUUUUCAUUUACUGCCGCCUUCGAUAGAUAUCUUAUUACAUUAGAGGACGCAAAGUUUCUAACUAUAUUUGUGUUGCCUUUAAACAGUUGUGUAAAUCCGUUCUUAUAUGCUAUAUGCACAAAACAAUUUAAGAAAGAUUGUGUAGUUUUUUGCAAAAGACUCGAGGAGACAUCUAUCUCUCGUGGAAUUUCACGACUGACAAAUAGACAUAAUAUGUCAAUGAGUGUUGGAUCAUCGCGGAGAUUAUCAGCAUUAAAUAGCUUUUUUGCUAGCAUGGAUAAACGAGACAGUCGGAGUUGGAGUGGUGGACAAUGCAAUGUAAAUGAUCGUCAUAAUAAUGGCCGAGGGUCAGGCGGAUCCCGGGGUUCGCGUGGAUCCCUAGUUUUACAAAAUAUCAACAAUCUUCAAAGAGAGGCUGAUAUGGAAAAUGAGGCUCAACAUGUGCAGCCAUCAACUCCACUCUGUGCGCAGGGGCCUAUAGUUGCCAAUGGAAACGCACCGCCUAGCAAACAAACUGUCCUUUCCGAUGAUUUUGUCCAGCCAGUGUUCUGUCUCGGUGAAACAAGAACACCAGUCCCAGAUAAAAAGGGGCUUUCUCCAGACAAUCUAGCUCUCUCAGAGCGCAGACCUAGUUCAUUUGAUAAGUUUCUCAACCCCCAGCAAUUGCUGCUUUCCAUUCUAAAGCGCAAGAAGGAGAAAGAACGAGAGGUGUCUGAGGCAUGUAAGGAAGACUCAGUCUGGGUGCCUCGAGAGGACACUCAGGAAAGUGUGGGUAUGUUCCCCCUGAUGCCGCUGGGGGAGAGCCCAGGAGGAGCACGUCGCUCAUGCUCCCCUAAGAGUCCAAGCUGGACACGAAGACUCAAGAAUGCCACAUCACCAAAACUCUCAACUCGCUCAUCAUGCUUGAAGGCUAGCAGCUCAGACUAUGAACUCAUGCUAAAUCCUGCUGAAAAUACUCAAUGCUCAUAUCAGAAAAUGGAAAAUAUUCUUGCAGACAAUCCUUCUGGAGGAGUUACAGACAAUGACCAUAAUUCAGACUAUAUGAAUUAUAAUGGAGAACAUGCUGUAUGUAGGAACAGAUCUGGCAGACACAACAAAUAUAUGAAUGAACCUAGAAAGUGUGCUGAAUAUAUGAACACACCAGGUAUUCAUGAUAACUGUAUGAACACUUGUGAACCUCACAAGGUCGAGUUGGACACUGCUAAACUACCAUCAUGUAGGAAAGCAGAUUGCGUUAACUAUGGCAGUUAUGAUGCAUCGAAUAUGAAACAUACCGGUUGCUACGGAAACUAUGAGAAUCUCGGGGAACAAAUUCAAAGCAAAUCAAUAGAGUGUGUGCAUCAUUGUAAAAAAGAUUGUGAUAACACAAUGUGUUCUAAGAAGUCUGAUAGUGGGGAUAGUGGGGUAGGGCAUCUGAGUCAGAGAAACAGCGAUGAUAACUGUAGUGAGGAACAUGAUGUUAUGAACAACUAUAUUGCACAGGGUAUCUCAGCAAUUCAGGAAAAUGAACUUCUAGAUGAUGAAAGUUUUGUUGCUAUGGAGACACCAUGUAGUCUCCGUAGCUACUGUAAGGACAGAAGAGGUAGAGCUAAUAGACAAUCCAUAAGUUUGUCCUCUUUAAAUGACCCAGCUGGGGAAAAUUUCUCAAAUAGGUCUAGCGGUUGCUCAUGCUCAGACAUAUUAUCAAGUGUACCAAAUCUCAAUAUUGAUUGCCAUGACAACCAGUAUGACCUUGGUCACCAUGGCAAUCCAGGGGUGCCAUAUGCAAACUGCAACAUGCUUGUGCAUACAGAUAAAUCAAAAAUUGAUUUAACCCCAGGUUUGGAAUUCUUACAUAAAGCUAGAUCAAAUCAAAAACAGAACAAUUAUACAUAUUUUUUAGGGAACAAAGAUUCUUUCUCUGAUACAGUUGCCAUGGAGACAACAGAUAAGAUGUCACAUGAUGAGACGCAAAGAGAAUGUUCAGAGGAAGAGAGCUGCAAUGUCAGAGAUAACAGUGAAACAGAGAGUAGUUUUUAAAAUACAGUUUAAGCCCUGUAUACACUGGCAAGAGCAAUGCUUAAGAUGCAAGAAAAUUGCUUAAAAUGAAAAUGAAACAACAGGCGUGAUUUUGUUCUCUCAUGCUAAACUAUUAAAACGAUUACAUGUAUGUCCAUGUUGAAAGCAAAACACAUGAAUAAAUUGAAGAACACAAUGAAAUAGAAGAUAUGUUGCAAGUUUUGCAACAAUAAAGUUUUUCAUAACGGGUGUAUACAGGGCUCAAAUUGGAGGGUAGACCAGAUUACAUAUUUAGUAUAUUGUAGUUCUCUGAGCACUUCUGUAAGUAUGCAAGCUAGAAAGCUGCAGUUCAAUAUUUUAGCUUUAAUGUAUCGGUGCUAUUUGUUUCCCUGACCUCGUGCUAUUUAUCAUUUUUGUGUAUAACCCUUAAUAUGAAAUGUCAUCGAUGUUAUCUCAUCCAAAAUUCAUACCUGCAAUUAGUAUUACAGAUCAAAUUGGGUUUUUACCCUAACGAUUUACUAAUGAAAUGUAUGUUUAAUGGUACACGGUUGGAUAUCCAAAGACCUCCCAGGAAACCCUAUUUUACAUUUUAAGGGUUUUUAUUACAAUUUUUCCAUAAUUUUGAUGCGAUAAUGAUCAGCUUAUACAAUGUUAUAAUGAUCUAGUUAACAGUAAGUUAACCUUUAAGAGGCAAUCUUUCAGUUAAAAUCCUUUAAAAACAUUGUUUGGCCCUAGAAAAAGUUAUAUAAACAAUUUUUGUUCAUCAACAUCUUAUCAUCAAUAUGAUAGUGGUAGAUAGGGAGUUUAAGCUAGCAUAUAAAAUCGAAACGCCAACCUAAACGUAUGACCAAUCGCCCAUACAAAUGCUUCAAUAUUUUCCGUUCAUAUUUAGGUUGUGAAAAACAUUGCAAGC